AUGGGAGGAAAACAAUCAAAACCAGCCAACGACUGUGAAAGCAAGUUAACUGCAAUCAGUCUUAGUAUAGACCAACAUUUGACGGCGGUUCUGCGUUCAACCGAAAUCAAAAGUCUAAAGCCAGAUCACCGAAAUGAGUUCCUUGCACUUACUAAUGAGUACCACAACAACAUUGACCAAAAAGUAAAAAUAACCACUGCCAUUUCAAGAGAAAUUACAUUAUACAAAUUAAAGAAAAAUCAAGGAAAUACUUCAUAUCAAGACCAUAUCAAUAACAUUAGAUCCUAUAUUGAACAACUGGUUAGAGAAGAUAAGUUUAAAGAGAUCAAACAAAGAUGUGAGAAACUUAUGCUCAGCAUAACAUGUGAGGAAAGUUACUCUGACAGUUUAAAGAGAAAUUGGAAGAUGAUUACUGGAGGAAUUGGAUUUGCUUUUGGUGCUGCAAUCUUGGUAAUAUUGGUUGUUUUGCAUUGUAUUCCAAUAGUACAUUUUGUACUUGGAAUUGGUGCUUUUAUUGCAGCAUGUAUAUUAGGUGUAUUGGGUAUUAUCUCUUCUAUUAUUUUAAUAAUUAAUGGAAACAGGGCUACAGAAACUCUAAAAAAGGAUUUUGUGAUACUAAGUGAAAUUUUAGCAAAAAUGGAUAUAAAUGGACAGCAAAAUCAUGUUAUACUCGGACAGAUUGAAGGAAUGGAAAAGAUGAAAGAGAAUGAUAGUCUAGAAGUCUUCAUAAUAGAUAUUGAAAAAGCUUGCAAGAAAUUCAAUCAAGUUGUCCAAAAUCAGUAUAGCUCAUUUUUUGGAUCCGUCAGAUCUAUUUUUUGGAGAUAA